GCUACACAAGAACCGAACCCGAACUGUGCUUAAAUUGUUGGACAUUGCUCUCCUGCUGGCAUCUAAUUCGUGUUGAGAAACCUUGAAAAAGUGACCAUGUCAACGAGCACAAACUCCCAUGCUCAUCCACAUCCGCAUGCUCAGAGCACGAGCCAUAAUCCCUGGGGAAGCACGAGUGGCACAGGCCCCCUCGGCACGUCUCUCACUGACACCUUCGGGCAGUCCAGGACACAUUACCAGCCAGGCUAUAUGAUGGUACGCUUGUCCUACUUCCCACCACCUUAACUUCUCAACAUGAUUCACGCAGUCCGUGGCGCAACAUAAUGUCAUGUCCCCCAGCGCACAAAAUACAGACGAAAUCCCCGUCGUGCAGACGAAGGCAAAAAUAAACAAGGGUUUGUCCCGUGGUGCCUCGCAUUUUGGCGCCGAGUCAAUGUUUGAGAGCUCGAGCACGCAAAGGCAAGCAUUCACGGACAUGGACGCGCCACCAACCAGUUCAGUCAAUGAUAUAUUCCGUGAGGGGUCUUCUUUUGGCGAGUCCCAACGGGCAGUUUUGCCCCCUUCGCGCCCCUUCUCCCUCUCAAACUCUUCCUCUACGAUGAACACCUCCCAGUCUAAAACCCAUACCCAGUCAAGCACCCCAAACCAACCGACCUACAUCAUUGUCUUCGGCUAUCCACCAGAUAAAUAUUCCCUCACCGUAGAAUAUUUCCGUUCGCUUGGCGCGAGUACCGAACCGGAGCCUAACACAGAAAUUGUGAACGCGUUCAGAAUCGGAUUCCGUGACCCUGGAGAAGCCAUGCGUGCGGUCAGGCGAAAUGGGGAGGUCUUAGGGGGAACUUGGAUGGUUGGCGUUAAAUGGGCUGAUUCUGCUCAGGACCCCCGCGGACCUGAUUUCACAACGUCUACUUCCCCACCGCGGAUGCAAAUCCAGACUUCACAAGUACAAGCGCAUACGGAUGGAAAUGCGAUGGUGGUGGAUGGUGCUGCUACUGUUGGGACGCCGAUCAAGCUUGCGCCGUCUGUAGCUGCGUUUCGCAAAGCUCCUGCGCCAGCUCCCCAGAAAUCUGCGUACGCUGUGCCCGUACCGGUCGUUAAUGCGCAGCAGAGUCCUGCGAAGGGCGUGUUUGGGCAGGUUGGGGAUCUGUUAUUUGGGUGGUAGCGUUAUGUGGUGAUAUUCGUACUCUGGUAUGAGUGCGCUCUUGUCUUUGGUACGUCUGUAGAUGCAUGGAUAUGGAUGCGUCUUUGGAUGUGCGAUGGACUUGCAGGGUGUUUUGCU